GUCGAGCCCGAGGCCAAGGUUUGGUGGGAGGGGAUGCCCGCGGAGUGGCGCGUCUCUGAGGAUGGUUUCGUGGACAGCGCGGCCUAUCACACCACAGUGUCUGGGAUAAGUCGUCCUGGGUUCUCGAGUGCUCAGAUAGACCCUGCAGGCUCGGUAGUCGGCGUUUGCUAUGGAAUUGUGCCCUUGCAGCUUGCACCGCUCCAGCAGGCUAUAGAUGAUGAAGACAUGGCCUUUCUAUCCACCCACUGCGAGCGGGACCCUGAGAACCCCCUGCACGUGUACGACGAUUGCGCGGCCACG